GUCACAUAGUUUCCGGACAUAAGCAACUUGGCGAGCAGUCGGGCCUUGCUUUUCGCGCGCGCGUGCGUGCCUACGUUCCUCGGGCUAACGUGUGCCUCCUAAUGCUUUGUUGGUGGCUUGUGGCGCUGCUAUGUGGCGUUCUUCCAGCGCUGGCAGCAAGCGCCAAGGCCCCCCUCUGCGACAUCCAAAAGUGCUAUGACCGGUACGCGCUGUGCUCGGAGAAGGGGUCCAAAAUCGACUGCUCCGAGUGCAAGCCAGGAUAUCGACACGCGUUGCUGGUCGGCAGCAAAAGCGACCCGAUUUGCGUCCGAGGCACGCCUGAAGAUGAGGACACCAUCUGCGCAACGGUCUCUGCGGCGCCCUACCACACCGCCCGCCUCAGCUUGAGCUGCCAUGACGAUGAUGGAUGUCAUGCGGGGUGGACGUGGAACGCCACGCUCCGCAACUGCGUCGAUGUGGACGAGUGCCAGCCCGGUGCCAUUCUGCCGCACCGCUGCGGCAGCGUGGCCCGCUGCGUCAACACCCCCGGCAAUCACGUUUGUGUGUGCCCGGAGUUUGAGAAGCACUACAUGGGCACCUACACCGGCAGGUUCCGAUUUGACGCUGCAUCUGUGAGCUGUGUGGAUGACACGGCCAGCCCCUCCUGCACCUACCCGCAGUUCUGGUACAAUGGCACCUGUGUCCUGGACCCGUGCGCGGCGAGCCUAUGCAGUGAGCAUGAGAUCUGCUUGACAGCGGUGGACGGCACAGAACACCUGUGCACGUGCAAGGGACGGGUCAUCACUGGCGUGUGCAGGCUGCCUCCAUGCAUGCUGGAUCCCUGUCCUGCGGGGGAAAUCUGCGUGGCCAGCCCGAACUGGAGCACCCGUACCUGCUACCCACCAGAUCCAUGCGAUAACGUCAACUGCCCAGGCAUUGAGGUUUGCGUGGAUGGCGUUUGCAAAGACCCGUGCGAAGCCGUCACUUGCGGGCCCAACGAGUACUGCGACCAAGGCAAUUGCUUUGUGUCAGAUCCAUGCCUUACUAUCACGUGCGGCUUGUACGAGACAUGCGAGAGCGGGUCCUGUGUGUACUACGAUCCUUGCGCUGGCGUGGAGUGCGGUACAAACGAGUAUUGCGAGGGAGGCGUGUGCAUCUAUCAAGACCCAUGCCUUGGAAUCACGUGCGGCUUGUAUGAGACAUGCGAGAGCGGAUCCUGUGUGUACCACGAUCCUUGCGCUGGCGUGACAUGCGGUACCAACGAGUACUGCGAGGGAGGCGUGUGCAUCUAUCAAGAUCCUUGCGCUGGCGUGGUGUGCGGUACCAACGAGUACUGCGAGGGAGGCUCGUGCAUCUAUCAAGACCCAUGCCUUGGAAUUACGUGCGGCUUGUACGAGACAUGCGAGAGCGGGUCCUGUGUGUACCACGAUCCUUGCGCUGGCGUGACAUGCGGUACCAACGAGUAUUGCGAGGGAGGCGUGUGCAUCUACCGAGACCCUUGUGACGGCGUGCAGUGCAGCGAGCAAAACUUCCAGUGCCGGGAUGGCAGCUGCGUCUACGUUGACCCCUGCGAAGGCGUGAGCUGCCCAGAGAACUUCAACGUCUGUCAGAACGGAAUUUGUGUGUUCGUGGACCCCUGCACCACGUAUGUGCAAUGCGGCCCAAACCAGGGCUGCCUGAAUGGGCUGUGCAUAGACAACCCGGACCCAUGCAUCAACGUGGUCUGCUACAACGCCGGCGAAGUGUGCGUGGAGGGCGCAUGCGUGAACCUAGACCCCUGCAACACCGUAUCGUGUGGACCCAACACGCACUGCGAGAACGGCAUCUGCGUGGACGACGGUGAUGUGUGUCAGCGCACCACGUGCGCGGCGGACGAGCACUGCGAGGCUGGCAUCUGCCUGCCAAACGACCCCUGCCAAAACAUCGUGUGCACUGGGGCCUUCGAGCAGUGCGUCGAUGGCACCUGUACAUACAUUGACCCCUGCAUCGGCGUAAACUGUACCGUCAACGAGGAGUGCCAAAACGGUUACUGUGUGCCGAAGCCAGGUCCCUGCACCAAUGUGAUUUGUCAAACCAGCGAGGAGUGCCAGAACGGCGUGUGCGUCACCAUCAUAGACCCAUGCAACGGCGUGCAGUGCAGCGAGCAAAACACCCAGUGCCGGGACGGCAACUGCGUCUACGUCGACCCCUGCGAAGGCGUGAGCUGCCCUGAGAACUUCAACGUCUGUCAAAACGGAGUAUGCGUUUUCGUGGACCCCUGCACCACGUAUGUGCAAUGCGGCCCAAACCAGGGCUGCCUGAAUGGGCUGUGCAUAGACAACCCGGAUCCAUGCAUCAACGUGGUCUGCUUCAACGCCGGCGAAGUGUGCGUGGAGGGCGCAUGCGUGAACCUAGACCCCUGCAACACCGUAUCGUGUGGACCCAACACGCACUGCGAGAACGGCAUCUGCGUGGACGACGGUGAUGUGUGUCAGCGCACCACGUGCGCGGCGGACGAGCACUGCGAGGCUGGCAUCUGCCUGCCAAACGACCCCUGCCAAAACAUCGUGUGCACUGGGGCCUACGAGCAGUGCGUUGAUGGCACCUGUACAUACGUGGAUCCUUGCGCUGGCGUGGUGUGCGGUACAAACGAGUACUGCGAGGGAGGCUCGUGCAUCUAUCAAGACCCAUGCCUUGGAAUCACGUGCGGCUUGUACGAGACAUGCGAGAGCGGGUCCUGUGUGUACCACGAUCCUUGCGCUGGCGUGGCGUGCGGCACCAACGAGUAUUGCGAGGGAGGCGCAUGCAUCUAUCGAGACCCCUGUGACGGCGUGCAGUGCAGCGAGCAAAACUUCCAGUGCCGGGACGGCAGCUGUGUCUACGUCGACCCCUGCGAAGGCGUGAGCUGCCCAGAGAACUUCAACGUCUGUCAGAACGGAAUUUGUGUGUUCGUGGACCCCUGCACCACGUAUGUGCAAUGCGGCCCAAACCAGGGCUGCCUGAAUGGGCUGUGCAUAGACAACCCGGAUCCAUGCAUCAACGUGGUCUGCUACAACGCUGGCGAAGUGUGCGUGGAGGGCGCAUGCGUGAACCUAGACCCCUGCAACACCGUAUCGUGUGGACCCAACACGCACUGCGAGAACGGCAUCUGCGUGGACGACAACCCGGUACGCCGGCGCCAAACCAGCGAGCUAUCUGCGGACACGGCUGCCAGCCGGCAUCCGGACCUGCAGCAGGGGCGCGCUGACGGGGCGGCUAGCUCCCUGCCGCAGCAAGGAACGGCCGUGAUGGCGAACAGGCGCAUGCAGCGCCGCCUCCGCCGCCUUGCUGCUUGAACUCGUUGCGCGCGUUGCGAGCUUACCUUGCGGCAGCAUUGGCAGGAACUAUCCAGACUCGUAAUGUUUUUUGAUGCCGUGCAAUGCGGUAAAUGGCUGUCACUGCUACGGCGUGCGGAUGGAGCCCACCUACCAGCCUGUGGGGCGGGGCACAUAGUACGGGACCAGUCCUAAAUAACUAUAUUUCGCUCAUGCACGUUAGGACCGAGUAUGUCAGUGCACGCAGGGUUAGUAGCACGGAAUACUACUGUACUCGCUUCCACGACCAAAUGUCGCGCACGUACAGUGUGGCUUGUCGUACAUAGUAGUAGCACUGAGAAGCAUGAAAGAUUCGUUGCACAGCGCAUCCAUGGCAUGCGGCCGGCCUACCUGCGCCUUCCAAUGCUUUUGAUUGAAAUAUGCUCAGGUAGCCCACGUGUGCGUGCGACCCGUGCAUUUCAUGGCAUUUCUUAUGCAACAGGCAGGACGGCUCCCAUGAUGUGGCUCAUAUAGAUUCGUUCCUCGGCCCUUUCGGAGGCCGACGCAAACGACUGAGGCAUUCUUGCGUGUCCGUUCCCGGGUCGCCUGCGUCUAUUUCCUGUGCUUAGUGUGUACGGUCCUGUGCGUAGUGUGUACUGUGAGGUGGAGUUAAUGUCCGCAUCGGAGAUUCGCGGCACAGCACAACAGCACACCAGCACACAGUGGUUCUCUUUGUGCCAUCGUCGAACUUAAUUUCUGGUGAUGUGCGGGUCGGGACCGGCCGGCGUCGUGUGGCGUUGAACCGAUGCAUGCGUUGGCUAAUGCAACAUCACACACGUGGCUGGUAGAGUGGAUUGUGGAUGGGUGCAGUAGAGUUGCACAACACCACGAUGCCCCCCGGCUUUAUGACGGACUUUCCUUGUGGGCGCAGCGCACAUGGCUAAUCCACCAUCGUUGGAUUGUUACACUCGUGCCCACAACAAUCACCACCACCACGACCACAACAACUUGAAUACCGCCGCCA